AUGUGUCCCCGAGUAAUCUCUUUAAGCCUCAUACUACUUUUCGCAGGUGCUGUUGUUUCUUAUAAGAAAGUGAGUGGAGUGGUAGGUCAGCCAGUUACACUAUCCUGCUCCUAUUCAGUGGCAAAUGGAGUCACCUCCAUGUGCUGGGGCAGAGGGGUGUGUCCUACAUCUCAGUGCUCAGAGCAGAUCAUCUGGACGGAUGGUACCCGCGUCACUUUUCGGAAACACACACGUUAUGAUCUGAAGGGGAAUAUUUUACAAGGGGAUGUGUCUUUGACCAUAGAGGAUGCUGUUGAGACUGACAGUGGCUUAUAUUGUUGCCGUGUUGAGCACAGGGGAUGGUUCAAUGAUCAGAAGAUCACCCUGUCACUGGAGAUUAAACCAGCCAGGAAUGCAAGCAUUCCAACAUCACCUAGUUUCUCUACCUCUGCUCCUGCAACGCCGACACCCACGCAGAAUCACAAACAAGUAGCUACUUCAUCUUCUCCAACUCAGCCAACAGAAACCCAGCCCACAACACUACAGAAAAGAAGAACCCAACCCACCAGCUCACCUUCCUUGUAUUCUUGCCCAACAGAUGGGAAUGGCACCAUGACACAGACUUCAGAUGGCCUUUGGCAUAACAAUGAAACUCAAGUGUUUCCAGCACAGAGGCCGUGGAGCACCGCAAGGGAACUCUCCAUCGGAAUCUGCGUUUGUGUCUUGGUGUUGGUCAUUGUUUUUGUUAUCGUCAUCAUCAAAAAGUAUUUCUACAUUAAAGAAAAGAUGCAGUCCCUGAGUAUGGCUUCACUGAAUGGUUCUCGGACUGGAACUUUGCAAACUGUUCUUGAAACUCAAGUCCGAGCGGAAGACAAUAUCUACAUUAUCGAAGACGAUCUUUAUGUCAUGGAAUAAGACCUGGGAAGGUGCCCAAACUUGGAGGUUUGAAAUUAAAGCUCAGAUUUGCAGCUUCUCUGGAAAGACACGAUGAGAUUGAAUUGCGUUUGGACACUCUCUUUUUUUUCUUUUUUUUCUUUUUUUUUAACCUAACAGCGAUAGGGCUUUGAGCUUGUGAUGUCUACUCUGUUUCAAGUGCCCUUCAUGGAGGUUCAUGAUGCACACUGGAGGCUCUGGGAUUCUGAAUAACUUUGUUUAGUCCAGUAUUUCUCAAAUACCGUGACUGCUAGCAUCCUGUGAAAUAGUAGUGUGGGCUUUGGGGCUUUGGAGAACACAAGUGCUAUAUAAGGUUAAAAAUAGGACCUCAGUUCUAAUCCUAACCUUAACAGUAACACUAAAUGAUAUCAGGCAAUGUUGUCCUUUAUGCCUAAAUUUUCCCCUUUAUAAUUAUUUCAUAUCUACAAUGGUAUAUAGUAGUCAUCCCAAAUGAAAUGUUAUUUUUGAGAAGUAUUUGAAGAGUGGAAAACACUACAGAAGUGAAAAGAAAUUCCCCAAUAGGUUACUAAUAAUAAAUGUAGCAUGAGUCUCGGUAAAUAAUUUCUGUGAUCUUACACUGAUCAGUGUUUUUUCUUUUAAACUUCUUCAAAAAAUCUGAUGUUGGAUAAUUUGGCUCUCAGCUUGUAGGGUAGAAACAGAUAGUCAAUAUCUGACUGGAACAAAGGGCAAGAAGGAGGGAAGGGGAGAAACUUAGUUUGCAUAUGUAUUUCUGAAAACAUUAAGCUUAAAUUUUUAAAGUAACAGUUUUAUAAAUCAUAUUGAACUUUGUUUUUUGUUUUUGAUCAUUUGAAGCACAGUUGAGAUCCUGUUGCCUAUAAUUUUGGGUCAUGAGGACACUGGUGUAAUUAAGACUCCUUAUUUAAACUCAAGAAAUUCUGUGUAUCUUUAAGAAGUUGCCCUGUCAUUAAUGUGUACUGAUAGUUGUAAAAAUGGAUUAAUUAUAUGAGUGCAUGAAAGUAUAGAGGGUUCUCAGUGGUUGUGUAUCUUCAUUUAAACGUACGCUUAUCAAUAAAGGAGUUUUGCUUU